CGAAUUUGAUAUAUAAAACGCUAAAAAAACAUGAAUAAAUGAAUGAUUAAGUGAAAUUUCAAAAGCUUACACAAUUUCGUCAUCACUACCAGAGACCAUAGCUUCUCAAACAAGAAAAGCAGCGCGAGUAAUAAUAUGUUAGUGGUCUGCUAUAGCAUGUAUAACUAGAGUUAUCUCUUGCUCCAUACACGGUUACCGGCAUGUGGAGUUUCGAUGUUUAUCGGGAGCCGCACUGGGCUAACGUGACAAGUGUGCAGGAUGAAUGAGGAGAUUCGUCAGCUGUGUGAGAAGCUGGUCCCAGGGUCGUAUGUGGGCCAAGGGGCGCAGGCCAGGCAGAUUCAUGAAAGCAAGAUUCGCCACCUUCUGCAACAUCGGAAGCUGCCGGAGGAGGGAUGGAGUGACCAGACCAUUGAGUUGCUGCUGCAGGAGCUCGCAGUCAUGGACAGCAACAACUUCAUGGGCAACUGUGGUGUGGGUGAACGUGAGGCCAGGAUCGCGUCAGGUCUGGUUGCCCAGCGACAUUAUAGACUCGGUCAUGGCAUCGGACGUUCCGGGGACAUAUCGGCUAUACAGCCUAAAGCUGCUGGUUCCAGUGUCUUGAUGAAGCUGACCAAUAGCCUCGCCCUGGAUGCAAUCAGAAUAUCAGGUAUUCAGUCAGCAGCUGCUUGUUUUGUUGUUCCCAUGGCAACAGGCAUGAGUUUGGUGCUGUGCAUGUCAACUCUACGACUGCGUCGACCCCAGGCCAAGUACGUCAUCUGGCCACGGAUCGACCAGAAGUCCUGCUUCAAGUCCAUCAUCACAGCAGGUUUUCAGCCGCUGGUGAUUGAGAACCAACUGGUCGGUGACGAGCUGCAGACGGAUGUGGCAGCAAUCCGGGACAAGAUGGCCGAGGUGGGGGCGGAGAACGUUCUGUGUGUCAUGUCUACCACAAGCUGCUUCACUCCCAGGGUGCCAGACAGUUUAGAAGAGAUUGGGCGGCUGUGCAAGGAGCAGGGUGUCCCCCAUGUUGUCAACAACGCCUACGGGGUGCAGAGCUCCAAGUGCUGUCACCUUCUACAGCAGGCCGCCAGAGUGGGACGAGUUGAUGCGUUUGUGCAGAGCACAGACAAGAACUUCAUGGUGCCGGUAGGUGGCGCCAUCAUCGCCGGAUUCGACAAAACAUUUAUUGAGGAGAUCAGCAAAACAUAUCCAGGUCGAGCCUCGGCCUCGCCGUCCCUGGACCUGCUGAUGACUCUGCUGUCGCUGGGCGUGGCAGGGUACAAACAGCUUCUGAGGGACAGGAAGCUGAUGUACACGUACCUGGCCGACUGUCUCAGACAGUGUGCUGAGAAGCAUGGCGAGCGACUCCUUGACACCAAACACAACCCGAUAUCACUAGGGAUGGGUCUCUCACCAAGCAGUGCGGCAGACAGUAGGACGGCCACUGAAAUCGGCUCUAUGCUGUUCACCAGAUUUGUCUCAGGAACCAGGGUUGUUGCGCCUGGGAAGAGCAACACCAUUUGUGGGUUCACCUUCAAGAACUACGGCGCCCACCAUGACAACUACCCCUGCACCUACCUGACUGCAGCCGCCGCAAUCGGGAUGACCAAACAUGAUGUGGAUGCAUUCAUAGCUAGACUUGAUAAAGUUCUCUCUAAGUGUAAAACCAGUGUGGACAGUUCUAAAGAAAAUAGUCAAGUUGGAUCAGAUGGAUGAAAUCUGUUACGGUUUUAGAAUAAAUAUUGUUUUUAUAUAUAUAUAUGGGAAUAUUUAUAUGGAUCAUAAUGAAACUUGUGAUUUUUUCGGGAAAUAUGUGUAUCAUUGCUGAUGUUAUAAAUCACCGGUGUGUCGGGCCCAGAGUCAAUUAUUUGUGGGCCAGUGUGAUAUUGGGGAAAGUGGACUUUUCUGGUUGUAUCAGUUGAUGAAUUUGGGUGAUGCAUGUUUAUUCACCUUUUUUAUUUUAUUUUUUCUAAAACGUAUCUGGAUUUUAUAAAUUUGAAUUAUAUCUACAAAGGUUACCUAAUUUAACAAUUUUGUGCAGUUGUUUCUUUUGCUAUUACCCUUAGAAAUUGUUAUGUCUUCGAAAAUAUCGGACCAUUUGUCAGAAUGACCACAAAUUGGUUGCUUAGAAAUUUCCUAAUCGAAUAUGCAUGUAUUUAUUCAAUAAACAAAAAUAUGAAUAUGAUGAUCAUUUGAGAUCAGUGUCUUAUGUGUUAAAGCUGUGAUAUUUAAAAAGUAUGAAAAUAUGAAAAGGGAUAUUAUGUACUUGGUAUUAAGAUAACCCAACAGACAUUAUAUACAUAUACAUUUGUAAGUAAUUUAUCAUUUAUUCAUCAUUUAGAAAGGAUUGAAUGUAUUUUUUAUGUCUGUUCCACAAUCUUUAAACCCCUAACAUUGAUAAUUACUGUUACAGAAUUAUUUUAAAUAACAUUUCUCAAAAUAUUUUCAUAAACUAGGAAUGGAAUUGAAUUUCGUAAUUAAUUCCGGAACGUCAGAACAAUAUUCUUGUAGUUGCAUUAUGAAUGCUGUACAUGAUUAAUGGAUGUCUAGUCUCUGUACAGACAAAACCAAUGUUCUGUCUGAUCCUUUUGCUUCAAAGUAUCUUUUUGUAGGCCCCCAAAGGAAAUAUUUUUUAUGUCUGCACUGUGAAACACGAACGUAUCAUGAAUCCUGUAAGAACAUAUUUUUAAGUCAUAUUGCCAUUAUGAAGGGCUGCAGAUUAGUACUGCAGUGUUUUUUGCAGUGUGACGUCACUUCAUUGUAACCCUGUGGUCUGGCAUCUUAGCCAUUUGCACCGCAAUUCGCUGUGACGAGUUACGUCCGUUGGGCACGCCAGAAAAGUAUGAUUGUGAUUUGGAUUCCCUGUUUGCCCCGAUUAUGUUUCUGGGUUUGUCAGCACCAUACCCGUGCUCGUGGGUUUUCACUAAAGUGGUAAAUGUCUGAGAUCAGCAUCACUUCGGGCUUUCAUCCCACAUUAAGCUGACACCCCGCGUUAUAACAGUAAUACUGUUCAAAGCGGGGUUAAGCCCAACUCAGUCACAGCCAUUUAUUAUGCAUGGAAUAAAUCACCGCACAUUAGAAAGUAAGGAAAUAUGCGGUGAUUGUAUUUAUCAUUGUGCUAAAAUAUUAACACACUACCAUCAAAAUGAUUUUUUCUUGAAGAUGCAUGUAUGAUUCAUAUGUAGAUAAAUAUUAGAAAGUGUAAUGCAGAACUGCUGUCAAGGAGUGAUAGUCAAGGCUGAAUUAGUCACAGAAUUAAUAAAUAAGUGCACUUAACAACGGGGUAAUAAAUAAGUGCACUUAACUCAGUGGGGUGAUAAAUAAGUGCACUUAACUCAAUGGGUAAUAAAUAAGUGCACUUAACUCAGUGGGGUAAUAAAUAAGUGCACUUAACUCAAUGGGUAAUAAAUAAGUGCACUUAACUCAGUGGGGUGAUAAAUAAGUGCACUUAACUCAAUGGGUAAUAAAUAAGUGCACUUAACUCAGUGGGGUGAUAAAUAAGUGCACUUAACUCAAUGGGUAAUAAAUAAGUGCACUUAACUCAAUGGGGUAAUAAAUAAGUGCACUUACCUCAAUGGGGUAAUAAAUAAGUGCACUUAACUCAAUAGGGUAAUAAAUAAGUGCACUUAACUCAAUGGGGUAAUAAAUAAGUGUACUUAACUCCAUUGAUAAAUAUGUGCACUUAACUCAUUGGGGUGAUAAAUAUGUGAGUGAGUGAGUGUCAGCUUAAUGUGGGAUGA